AUCGACCAUGAACAUGGCUCUGAUACCACUUGUUACGGAUUGAACUCGCCUACUUAUCAACUUGAUUACAGAUGAGUUAUCGAUUGUUUGACUUAGCGAUGAAAGUUAAUUGCACAGAGAAUUUUGUUUGCCCAGUUCGCUUGCGCUACAUCUGGGGGGAGGCUCUUGCUCCCUAAUCCACUAAGCUUGAGAUCACCGAACUUAUCUUCUGUUCGAUGAUCAAGUAAGAGUUACAAGCUUAUACAAGAUUCUAUCAAACUAUAACCUUGAAUCUUGUUGUUUCAGGAUGCGACUGGAUCUCGCAAUGAAGAAUGCUUGAAUCUGGAUCUCCGAAGAACACCUUCUGUAUCUUCAACAGUCGAGAGAGAUUUCACCGGAGAAGACGAUCUUUUUCUGCUCUGCUUCAACUUCUUCUGAACAACUCUCACAGAGCUAAACAAGCUGAAGAUAUAUCUCAUAACUGACAGAACGAUGCCGUCUCUAUUUGGACUUAGUCCAGAUGGGCUUAGCUCAAAAUCAUCGGCCCAAUAGUCUUGGAUCGGUUUGUACGUUAAGGCCCACACCCAUACCUAAGUGUUUACAAAAGGAGCCUUUUGUCUGAAUACUAAACUAUAUUUCCAGGUGAAGCAUGGUCUUGGGGUCGAGGAAAUUGUCAACCAUGUCAUGAACUCGUGGGAACAAGCAACCGGGAACAAGCGCCACUAAUGGGUUCUUAAGAUCCAAAAACUGAAUAAAAUUCUUAAUUACUUAUCUCGAACUCGGUUUAUGUUAUGAAGCUUAUGUAUCUGUUUGUUGUUGUUGUACUCAAAAGACAGUAAGAGAAAUAAGUAUUUUAGAGCAUGUGAGACUCAUUACAUUGUGGUUUUAUAACUUUCUUUAGAAUUUUUUAGUCUUUUCUUCUGAUCUGGGUUUUCUUCUCUCUGUUAACUUUAGCUGUUUGGUUGCAGAAACUCUAUAUUGCUUAAUGUUGAGUUUGGAGGUUAUUGGUUAAUGGUUAAUGCUUCUGUUUUUGCUGUCUCUAUAUUGCUUAAUGUUGAGUUUGGAUGUUAUUGGUUAAUGGUUAAUGCUUCUGUUGUUGUCUUGGUCUGCCCCUGCAAGCAAGCAAAUGUGUGUUUGAAGUCUUUGUUGUCGUCUUGGUUUGUUGUCUUUGUGUCUGAUCUUUUUUUUUUGCAGGUGGAAGAAGAAUACAUGUGAGACAAGAAGACAUGAGAAUAGACACAAGAAGAUAUGGGAGUAGACACAAGAAGACAUGUAACUACUGAUCAGUACUCUGAUUUGUUUGAAAUUCGAAUCAUGCACAACGCCUUUGUAAAACUGUAUAUCGUAAGUUGUGAUUGCAUUAUAUUACACUUGUGACACAAGAAGACACAAAUAAAUGUAUAUAUUCGAACCUUAAUCAUUAUGAAUGCAAAUACAAGUCUUCCAGUAAUGCAAAUACAAGUCUACAUAUGUGAUUACACAAGAAGACACUUGUGAUUCAAAUACAAGUACAAACAAUUUUCGCACAACCGGAAUCAAACCAAAGUUCACAAGUGAAUUUCACGUUUCGUACAGAUAUGCCUUCAAAUCUCGGCAAUAUGCUGAGCAUUCAGAAACGAGCUCGUGAUAAAACAAUACAUCAACAAUUGAAAGUUAAUUUGGUUGUGAAUAUAUGGCAAAAUUUUGGAACAAAUCAAGAUUUCAACUAAUCAGUUUUUUCUUGUUUACGAUUUGUAUUUGUAUUUUUAAUAUGUUGUUAUAUCUUUUUUUAUUUAAUUUUUAUGUUCUUUCAUGUUAUGAAAUCCAAUCAUUCAACUUAAAAAAAAAAAUUAGACUAACAAAACUUCUAAGCCUUUCAAAUCACUAAAUUAAUUACUAAAAAUUAGAGCCCUAACCUUUUAUCCCCUUUCCCGAAAUCUGCCGAGUCAUUUAGUGUUCCUGAUAUUUGAGAUUUCCAGCCCAUUUAUUUUCCUUAACCACUCAUAUUUCCUUUCUUAAAAUCAUCAAAUCUGGAAACCCUAUAAACCCUGCCCUUUUCAACUAGAAGGCAAUCACAUGUAAAUUUCAACUUUUUUUAAAUUUAUCUGUUUGAUAAAGUUUUUUUUGAAAACCGUUAAACAUAAUCGCAUAAUCUGGAUCAAAAAAAUCUAUAGAUAUAAAGGAUGGUUUACUCUCUCUCCUGGAAACGCCAUGUCAGCGCCAGGUCAGAAAGUCGAGUCCUAUAGUCUACACGUGUCCUCUUUCUAAACUCUCCAUUUCAUUUAAAUCAGAGCGUGAUCGUAUGGGCUUUACAUGUUAACGGACCGUAAUCUUAUUCUAUUAGCCCAGUCCGACAAGGUGAACAGGUAUGAAUAUCCAAACGCAACGUUUUUGCUAUUAGAGUUACACCCAUCUCACAUUCGCCGUUGCAGACGAAAGCUCGAUCUUGUUCCGACUGUGAUGUUUCACCUUCUUCUUUAUCAUUCCGUUAGAUACACGAUCCUGCUCAUCUUCCGGAUUGAGAGAAACUGGAAACAUUUUCUGGUUACGCUCAAACGAAGAGUCGUCUACAACUGAGGCAUCAACUAUUGCGGUCUAUCAUUCAUUGCUUUCCCAUUUACUGCGAUCAUCAUAAUCUUCAGCUAUAAAAAAGUAUGUUUUGCCCCAUGAAAUUCAUCCGUUCUUUCUUCUCAUUCAUAAGCUUUUUAAGAAAUAUACCUUUGAAAAUGGCUAAUUCCUCUGUCCUCCUUGCCGAUUGAAGGCCGGCGGUUGUCCCUCCACCGUUGAUGUCCGCCUCCUUAGUUUUUGGGAAAUCAGGAAUGUGAAGUGCGGCGGCGAGCUGAUGGGGUUGACAUGCUCCUCCUUGAAGCUCAGGUAAAUCCACCGUCAAAAUCAUUAUGUAUUUGGGAGAUGAUAAUUGUUUUGUUUGUUGAUUCUGUUUCAUGUAUUGAUUAUUAUACUUUUAAACCUAACUUUUCUUUUAAUGGAGAUCCAUUUGUUCAUGUCUUCAUUAUCAAAAAAACAAAUUCCAUAAGCUUCUGUUAUCUUAAAAUAAUUGGACAAUGAUUAUUGUUUUGUCUGUUGAUUCUGUUUCGCUAUAUUUGUAAUUUGUAAAUUCAUUAUCAAGAUUUUAAUCCAAACAUUCAGUUCAAGUUGGAUCCUUUGUUUAUUUCUUGAUUAUCAGAAAAUCUUCCCCGGAUUUUUUUAAUAUAGUUGAUGAUGAAAUUGGCGAUCUUUAUAUGUCUUAAAACAUUAUUUUGAGGAGUUAGAGGAAGAGUCCCCAAAGGAUAACUCCGUCGUAGUGGUAUGUUACUUCUGCCACACCUUUUAUACUAUAAUAUUUCAAGAAAUGUUUUUUAUAAUGCUGAAAUUGAUUUAUCUUGAUGGCAGUAUGUGUUACUUGACGAGCUUCGCCGUAACCAACGAAGUUGAAAAUACUUGACUCUGACCAGACGUUAGGGAGACGACCAUUCGCAUUGACAAGAAGGUUUUCACCGUCAAAUAAACACCAGUCAUUGACUUACCGAUAGAUAUUGAAGCUGAGAUGAGAAGAUGAAGGCCUGAACUUAGGCAAACUAUGGACAUGUACAGCUCAGCGUCGAAAGAAGCACUUAAUACAAAAGGGCGGUUAGAAAUAUAGGUGUCAAGCAGGGAUAGUUGAUGAUGAGCAAGCUGCUCCUUCUAAAACUUUUAUACUCCCAUGUUUCUCUUGAAAAAUUAGCAUAAGGUGUGGAGAAUGUAAGAAGUUCGAAUAUUUGAGGAAGCUAGGAGUGCUGAAGCCACAGUCCUGGCUAUAUUCCAAAGAUGGAGAAGGCCAAGUCUAGAGCUACAAUGGAAGCAAGUGAGAAAGCGCAGAUGAUGGUGGAACUAGAAGGAAGCAAGCUGAAAUGAAAAAAGAAGAAGGGAAUCACACAAGAAAAACGGUUGUUUAAUUCUUUCGUACAUAACGAUGUCUGGUACAAAAGAUAAACUUGAUCACAACCCUACUGCCAUUAGUCUUGAAACCAGAUGAUGCUCAAGACAUCCUCACAUGGUUCUUCGCUUUCGUAUGUGUCCUGCAUAUGGUUAUUUGGUGUAUGAGUUCAUAGAAAAUGGAAAAUGGGAGCUUAGAGGAAAGGCUUUCAAAAUAAAUUACUUUACCUGAAAUACACGAUACAAUUACAAAUCAUUAAAAUAAUAUCAGAUAAAACUCACAUAACGUAAAACAUUUUCCAUAACAUAUCUUCUCGACAAAUGACACGUGCUAACCUAAUCUACUAAUAAUAGCAAUUCCAAUUAAUUCCAAAGGUUGUGAGUCCACUUAUGUUGAAAGGUUGUGUCUUUUGAAAAAGAAGUGUAAAGGGUUGUGUCUUUUCUAAAAGUUCUAUGUUGGAAGGUUGUGUAUUUUCCAAUUAAUUUCUAAGGUUGUGAAUCCACUUAUGUUGAAAGGUUGUGUCUUUUGAAAAAGUAGUGUAAAGGGUUGUGUCUUUUCUAAAAGUUCUAUGUUGUAAGGUUGUGUCUUUUCCAAUUAAUUCCUAAGGUUGUGAACUUCAAUUUGUGUCUUUUGAAAAAUAUGUAUAGAGAGUUGUGUCUUUUCUAAAAGUUAUAUGUUGUAAGGUUGUGUCCUUCUAAAAAUAGUCUAAAAGUUGUGACUAUUCACUAGUAUCUUUUAAAAAGUGAGAAGUUGUGAGUAUUAGAAGAAUGCGACUAUUCAUAUUGAAGGGUUAUGACUAUUCAAAUAGGCUUUAAAAAAUCUAUAAAUAGUCUCUCCCAUGCAUUUUUCAAAUCAAAUUUUCACUAAUCUACUAAUAAUAAAAUGGUGAAAAAAAUAAUGUCAAAGUUGCAACUUUUCAUCUAAACAAGGUGUCUUUUCAUCUCAAAGUGGGAUUGAUUUAAAAAAUAUUGGUUUUAUUUAAGUAAUGUGUUAGUUUAUAUAAUAAGUGUUGGUAUUUUAUAAGAACUCUCCCAAAAAUUAAAAAAAUAUUAUAAAUGAGACGGGUUAUAUUAACGUAAAUCAACAUAUAUUUAUUACAAUAAUCAAUUUUCUGAAUAUUCAUUUUCAAUAAAUAAAGCAGGUAGAUAAAUAUACAAAAUAACAAUUACCAACAUAUAAAUUAUAAUUGUUUAAAAUUAUAAACUAAUAAUUUUAAUAUUAUGUCUUAAAUAGGAAAAAAAAUUAUAUAUCAUGCAAAAAAAAAUUGCAUUUUGUUCAAAAAGUGGUUGAAGAUAACUAUCAUGUGAAAAAUGUAUGAAAAACUUAAAAAGAACGAAGACACAAUUGUAUGCAAUAUGUGUUUUGAUAAAAAAAUUAAAGGGAACAUUAAGGUUUAUAAAAUAUAUAUAUAUAUAUAUAUUUGAAUACUUUGUAAAUCAUAUUUUAAUCAUCAAAAUUAAAUUUAAUUAUUUAUAUGAUUUAAUUUUUUUAUCAGGCAUAUAAAAUUAUAAAUUAUAGAUUAUAAUAUAUUCUUUAUAAAAUGAGUUCCCGUGCGAUAUCGCACGGGCUCUUUGCCUAGUAAAAACAAUCAGAGCGUUGACACAUUUGAAAAGAAAUUCUUCCAAGCACACCUCUUAUUUAGUAUAUAAACAAUUAGAUCUAAUGACAAAUACUAAAAAUAAUGUUAUACUAUUAAUAAAGCUGAAUCCUUUAUUUUCCUGAGGAAAUUUCAUCAAGAGAAGUUGUCUAAAAAUUUAACACUAUAAUUUGUAAAAGUUUAUUAAGUAUUCCACAUUAAACCAAAUUUAUAGAUAAAAUAUAUAAUUAUCCAAAAAAAAAUUGAUCAAUUUUUUAAAAAUCUAACAGAACAUUUGACAUCAAUCUAAAGUAAUAUUUUGGCACAUAAUUAAUCCGAUAUUUUUGUACUAAAAUCUUAUUUUGCUUAUUAUCAAAACUAUUACUACAGUAGAAUAAACAAAUAAAUAUGUAAAACUAUUAUGUAUUCAUAAACAUUUCUUCAAUAUUAAGAUAAACAUAAUCUAUUAUAAGAAUAACGAAACAUACACAUUGAAAACUAAUAUUACCUUAAAUUAAAGUAAGCUAAACAUUUUGAAAUAUUCGUUAACAUUAAUUAUAUAUUUACUAAACAUUUUGAAUUAUUCGUUGUUUAAAAUUUAUAUUUGCAAAAGAGGUGAAUCUAAGUUGAAAAAGGAAUUAAAAAAGGAAAUAUAUUCAAAAAUAACAAAUUCAGCUUAAUGAAAAUCAAACACAAGCCUAAUUAGAAAAGGAUCCGAGAGAUCUUUGAAAAAAAAAGAAAAAGAAAACAUACAUAUCAUAUCACAAACGGGAUUAUAAUUAAAUAAAGUGGUAAGUAAAAUCCUUAAGCUGUAAGAAUUAGGUUCCGUAAAAGGUGUUAUAAAAAGAGAGUUAGAGUCUUGUUUUUUCUUACUCAAAUACUCAUCAUCAAAGUUCUCUGAUAAUUCUAUUAAUAAUGGCGACAACCACAAGAAUGUUCUGCUUCGUGCUCGUGAUGGUUCUAAUGGGAUGUUGUUGCUCGGCAAAAAUCUACAAAGUGGGAGACUCUAAGGGAUGGACGACAGCGAAGCACGGUAGCUAUUAUGAAUGGGCGAAGCGUAAGGAAUUCCAAGUGGGGGAUUCUCUGAUGUUUGAAUACGAUGGCAACGUCAACGACAUCACUCAAGUUUCCACUCGUUUGGAAUACCAAUUCUGCAACUACCUUUCUCCUAAAGCUGUCUACAACACAGGGCACGAUGUCGUGACUCUCACGGAACAAGGUUAUCACUUCUUCAUCACCUCAAAUCGUUCUCAAUGCGUAGCCGGACAGAAACUCGUAGUUUUUGUCGUCCAUGACCAUCCUAUGAUUCCUCCACCACCGAGAAAGAUCCUUCCAUUUGGAAAAGAUUACAAGGUCGGUGACUCCAACGAAUGGAGGGUUCCUGAAGAGAGUGACUUCUAUUCCAAGUGGAGUGAGGAGAAACAGUUUCAUGUGGGAGACAAUCUUCUUUUCUACUACAACGACCAAGUCGAUGACGUCCUAGAAAUCAACAGUGAUCUUGAGUUCAAAUCUUGCGACACUACUUCUCCUGUUGCCAUGCACAAUGCGGGACAAGAUCUCAUAAGGCUAACGAAACCAGGAAUCCGCUAUUUUAUUACCUCAAAGAUUGGUCAUUGUGAGGCUGGGCUUAAGCUUCGAGUUGUGGUGCGACCACUAUCCAAAAGUGUUCCGAAGAAGAUGCAGUUGUCACCUUUCGACCGUCUCAUCAAGUGGCUACACGAUUCCUUCACACCCCACCCCCAUCACUAAGAUUUCGUUUCUUUUUUUUGUUUUGUUUUGUUUGAGCUUAGCUUCGUAGUAUUUUCUUUUCUCACUCGCUUUUGUUCUUUAUUUUAUUUUUCAAAUAGUGCGGGUUUCUACUUAUUCCUAUCGUUGUGGAGAGACUUGAAUCAAUAAAAAUAAUUUUCC